GUGUUUUAGUUUGACCGCGCGGAUCUCAGCUGCCCAACGGAACCGAACAAACAUGUCCAAAUUGGAGCAGAUCCUUGUCCUAGAUCCUCCGAACGACCUGAAAUUCAAAGGUCCGUUCACAGAUGUCGUCACUGCUAACCUUAAGUUAAAGAACCCGUCAGACAGGAAAGUAUGUUUCAAAGUGAAGACCACAGCUCCACGCAGAUACUGCGUACGACCAAACAGUGGCAUCAUCGACCCCGGGGCCACAGUCAUUAUCUCAGUUAUGCUGCAGCCGUUUGAGUAUGAUCCCAAUGAGAAAAGUAAACACAAGUUCAUGGUACAGACAAUCUUUGCACCCGCAACCAUCGCAGACGCAGAAACCAUGUGGAAAGACGCGAGACCUGAUGAUCUCAUGGAUUCUAAACUGAGAUGUGUGUUCGAGCUGCCCAAUGAAAACGAUAAACUGAACGAUGUCGAUGCUGCUGCUAAAGCCGCGCCAGCGCUCGGCUCUUCUAAAGCGGACGGUCUGACGGCACCAAAACCCAUGAGCGCCGCUCUGGACGACUCUGAGAUGAAGAAGAUUCUGGAAGAAUGCAAACGACUGCAGAUGGAGGUUGGCAAACUGAACGAGGAAAACCGCCAGCUCAAGGAUGACGGUUUGAGACAGCGAAAGUCUCAACGCAGCGACCACAUGACGACUAACUCCAACUCCCUGAUUGGACGCGAAUCCACCACCAGCUCACUUCCCUCGCUCCUGGUCGUCAUAGCAGCCAUCUUCAUCGGAUUCUUCCUCGGAAAGUUCAUCCUGUAGGUGGCGACGGCGGGCACGGUUCCUGAGCGAGCGAACGAACGAUCACAUGGCCUGACGAAAGAGUCUUUCUGUUGACGUGACCUUAUCAUUGGUAGUUUGACCAGCAGCUUCAUGGGCCCCUUUUUGCUGAACCAUCAUCCCACGGGCCCCGUCCCACAGGGGCCGACACUCUCCGUGCGAGAGACGUCUCGAUCUCUCUCUUUCUCGCUUCAUUUUCCGUUGUCUCUUGAGGGAUGGAUGCGAGAGUCGAUGAACUGGUUUAUUUUGAGAUUCUGAAGACAACAGCCCCCAAACUCCAUUCCGUUUCAUUAAAAACUCAAUCGAAGCGUCUGUCAAUUUAAUCCUUCCAUCCAAACGAGGAAACAAAGAAACAUUGCGACAAAGACCUUUCAACCCUUUGCGUUCUGGACGGCCGUGAAAACCGCCGGAGAUUUCGCCCCUUAACGGUUAGUUUGUGGUGAUGUCAACAGUUGGACUAGCGACACAGGUGCCUCCUUCCUAAUGUACAUUUGUUCUUUCUUUCUGUUCCUAACAAUACCAAUGCAGACUGUUUUAUUACUGUUAUCAUUCAUAAAUAAUAUUAUUAAUGUACUUACUCUCAGAACAGAGCAUUUAUCCCUAUAAAUGUUCACUGAUGUCUUCACUUUACUGUCUCAUACUUGACGGCAUUGAAGAAAUAAACUUAAAAGGAAAAA